UCGGGAGUGCACGUGUGAACGUAGCGCGCGUGUGUUAUGAAGUAGCGUGACCUAGUGUCCAGUUCUCUCUUCUUGUUAGUGAAGUAGAAUCGAAAUAUUCUUUGGUUUACGCCAGGGAAUGAACUAAUUGCUAUCCUCCCCUUCCUUCGUCUUGUCUUUUUGGCCUCAUUUUUUCUCUCUCCAAGGAGUUUAAGCUGGCUUUGGUGGUGGAUAUGGUGGUUCUUCGAUGGGUGGUGGAUACACAGAAUCUCCAGGAGGAUUUGGAUCUCCUUCAGCAACCCAGGGAGAAAAGAAAUCGAGAUCAAGAACGCAGAGCGUUGUUCCAUGUACCGUGUCCCAGUUACUUUCUGCUGAACAGACAGAAGAAGCAUUUAAGAUUCGAGAAGCUGAGAUUUCACAGGUCGUUAUUGUGGGCAUAGUCAAGCAAGCAGAGAAAGCGCCCACGAACAUCCUGUACAAAGUGGACGAUAUGACCGCAGCCCCCAUGGAUGUCAGACAGUGGGUGGACACAGAUGAACCAGGCAGUGAGAAUGUUGUCGUGCCACCUGGGACAUAUGUAAAAGUGGUCGGUCAUCUUCGAUCCUUUCAGAACAAGAAGAGUCUGGUUGCCUUCAAGCUCAUUCCCCUGGAGGAUAUGAAUGAGUUCACCACGCACAUGCUCGAAGUCGUCAAUGCACACAUGAUCCUGAAAAAAAGCAGUCUCCUGUCAACGUCGGCAAUGGCGCCUCGGUCGUUUGCUCCUUCGGGGAUGGGCAGCGUGGCUAGUUAUGGAGGAAGCUCAGGCUUGCCCGCUGGCGGACUUUCAACGCACCAGAGUCAGGUUCUGAACUUGAUCAAAAACUCCAUCUCUCCUUCGGGGAUAAGUCUUCAGGAGCUGAAGUCUCAGUUGCAUAAUAUGAACGUAGCUACCAUCAAGAAAGCCGUCGAGUUUCUUAGUAGCGAAGGACACAUCUAUUCCACUAUUGACGAUGAUCACUUUAAAUCAACGGACGCUGAAUAAAGACAUUUAGGAAGGUGAUUCUUUGGAGCUGAGUAGGUUCUGCUUUCAACAAUUGUCCGUUUAUUCUGUACCUCCCAGUUAUAUAGAACACCCACAGGUGCACAUCAGUGGAGAGGGAGCUGUCCCUUUGAAAGUGACCUUUUACUGCUCACCUGGACUGAUUUCCCUAUUGCCCACAUACAAAGAGCUGAAAUAAGUAAUAGUGCAGCCCUAAGCAGAGUUACGCCAUGCUGUCUACUGUCUUCAGUGGACUUAGAAGGGUACGACUCUGGUUAGGACUACAUUGUAAACCCAUUUCACGGUUUGCAGAAGGUGUUUAUGUGAAGCUGCUAUAUAAGCUUCCAAGUCAUCCAUCCUUGUGUAAAGAUAAUUUUGGAAGUGGAGCUUCCGCCAUAUUGUUUUGGUUACCCUGAUUUAGAAGUGGCAUCUCAAACUGUAGAUGCCUUUUUGUACAGACUAGGAAAAAUACUCAAGUUUUCAUUUUUAAAAAAAUCCUGAAAUCUGUCCUUCUCUGCACUUGCGUUGCAGAUGUGCCUUUAAAAUUGAUGGCUUAAUAAAGCUUUUGCUUUAAAAAAU